AUGGGUCAAGUACUAGGUCCUACUACGGGGAGUGGCUCGCGCCGCUUCCUUCGUCAAUCGUGCCGUGGGAGGGCGGCGUCUUCUGAACCCUCCGACUUGGCACUCGACGAUAGUAACCCAUUUGUUGGGACAGCUGCACGCGUUGAGGCAAGCCCCAAUUUCAACCCCGCAGAGACGGACGCGUGCACCCCCGCCUCUCGGAACGAGGCUAACACCAUUAAAUUGACACAAAAUGGCGCGGAAAACCCACGGUUGUUGGGCUUAGCUUCCGUACCUGGGGGUCAUGUCAAUCGCAAGCUGGGGAUGGUGUUCAAGAUCCUUUCCGGCAUACGAAUCAAGAGGCGUCGCAAUGUCCCGAGACAACUUCCAACCGACCUCACUCUAAAGAUCUUUCAUUCCAUCGUCCAGGACAAAUAUGACGUCUUCAGUAUUACUAGCAGACCAUGGCUCCUCACCCACAUCUGCAAACUGUGGAGAACCCUGGCAUGGGCGUACGGCGCUCUCUGGUCGUCUGUAAACAUCUCAAAUAUCGUAGCCUACGGGGAAACACCCUCCAUCAAGAAACCUGCCAUAAUGCUUCGAACGGCUCUAGAAAGCGUUCUGGUACGUUUCCUCGGUCUCUCUGUGUGGUUCAAAUACAGGAUCCAGAAGAGAUGGACACCAUAUGAGGAGUCCGAGAUCAAUCUGCUAUCUCUGGACAUGGUGACAGUGGGGAGCUCAGAGCGUUAG